UGUUGAAGGGGAGACAACAUAUGUUAAAGAUGUCUAUGAGAUGACUCCAUUAGUAUCCAGUUAUCUCCUUGCUUUUGUUAUUUCUGACUUUGACCACAAAUACACGUACACAACUAAUGGAACGCUAUUUCGUACUUGGGCAAGAAAAGAAGCGAUUGAUCAAGUUGAUUAUUCACUAGAGAUUGGAGCAAACUUAACAACUUACUUUGAGGAUUUGUUUAAUGUUCAUUAUCCACUUCCUAAACAAGACAUGAUAGCAGUUCCUGAUUUUGUAUCUGGUGCUAUGGAAAACUGGGGUCUAAUUACCUACAGGGAAACAUCCAUGCUCCACAAAGAAGGUGUUUCAAACGAAGCCAACAGACAAAGGGUGGCCACCAUUGUGUCACAUGAGAUAGCUCACCAGUGGUUUGGAAACCUGGUAACUCCAUCAUGGUGGGAUGACCUGUGGCUGAAUGAAGGAUUUGCAAGUUUUGGAGAAUAUCUUGGAGUUGAUUAUGCACAUCCAGACUGGCAUAUAUUUGAUGUGAUGGUGGUCAGCGAACUACACACUGCCCUGUCAUACGAUGGUCUGGUUUCAUCUCAUCCUGUCUACGUCCCAGUCAGCCACCCUGAUGAAAUCAAUGAAAUAUUCGACACUAUUUCAUAUUCAAAGGGUUCGUCUAUCAUCAGAAUGAUGUAUCACUUUCUUGGGCAUGAUACAUUCAAAAAAGGCAUGCAUAGGUACUUAAAAGCAAAAGAAUAUGAUGCAGCAUUUCAUGAUGAUUUAUGGAAUGCUCUUACAGAGCAAACUCUUGCAGAUGGAAAAGCUUUAAACGUCAAAGAAAUAAUGGACACGUGGACACUUCAAAUGAACUAUCCUUUAGUCACAGUCACUGUGGUAUCACCUAAUAAGAUUAAAGUUUCUCAGAAAAGAUUUCUGGAAGAUUACAAUGCAACUGAUCCAGAGAUUUAUGAAUCACCUUUUGGUUAUCGGUGGAAUAUUCCUAUUACACUCACAACAAAUGAUAAUGACAAAUUCUCUCAGGAAAUCUUUUGGCUCUGGAAAAAUGAGACUUCCAAGGAGAUAACACUUCCACAAGCUAAUUUAGAUGUCCAGAAUGGUUGGGUUCUUGCCAACUUGGACACAAAGGGAUUUUACAGGGUAAACUAUGCAGAGAAAAACUGGGAGGCUCUAUGUAAACAGCUGCUGGAUCAGCAUGAGCGUAUCCCAGUAAUUAACCGAGCUCAAAUAAUCAAUGAUGCAUGGAGCCUCGCAAAGUCUGGUGAUAUAGCAUUAAGUACAGCUUUUAAAACAAUAGAUUACCUACAUAAAGAAAAAGCAUAUGCACCUUGGUACACAGCCAGAAGAGAGCUUAAUUAUAUGUCCAGUAUGUUGUCUGUGAACUCUUUAAAUGGACCUUUCCAGAAAUUUAUGCAAGCAAAGAUAAACAGUUCUUACAGCUACUUUGGGUUCAACAACUCUGGAUCUUCACACUCUGAAAUUUUAGCUCGCAGCCUCGUUGUGGGACUAGCUUGUUCAUAUGGGAUACAGUCAUGUGUGGACACCGCACUUUCUCAAUUUAAACAAUGGAUGGAUAACCCUAAAUCAAACCCGAUCGAUCCCAACUUUAAAUCAACUGUGUAUUGCAACGCCAUUUCAGCCGGUGGAUGGGAAGAGUGGCAGUUUGGUCUACGGAUGUACACUGAAACAGACAUGGCUACCGAGAGAUCUAGCCUACUAAGUGCUAUGGCUUGUUCUAGACAGCCAUGGAUACUUAACCACUACAUGGGACUUAUCUUGGAGAAGGGUUCACCUAUUCGCAAACAGGAUGGUUUGACUGUUAUUAUCCAAGUUGCUUCUAAUUCUGUUGGACGUCCUCUAGCUUGGAACUUUUUUAGAUUCCACUAUGCUGAGAUAAAAGAAGAAUAUUCUAAUUCAGUGUUUCAGUGGAUGAGUAUUUUUGGCUCACUCACAAGGUCUUACAACACAGAGUUUGAAUUAAAUGAAUUGAAGGCGUUCAAGGCCAGCAAUGUGAAUAAUUUGGGAACUGGUGCUAGAAAUCUUGACCAAGCCAUUGAGACAGUGGCGACAAACAUUAAGUGGAUGCAAGUUAAUCAGAAGUCAAUUCAGAGCUGGUUAAGCAAUGCUACUCUUUCUACUGAAUGAUUUAAAAGUUAAUUUAAUAAAGUAUUUACAUUUACUUAAAUCUAAUAUUUAUUUAAUUGUUGUUAAUUUAUAAAAUGAAUAUGAAAUACAAACCUAAUCUACUACUACUAUAUUGUUACUAAAUAAAUUGAAAUCAAUAAUGAAAGUUAAAAAAAAAACAACACUUUUAUACCAACUUAAUAGAUUUAUUUAAAUCAAUGCAUUUUACUUGACUGGAAUUUAUUUCCUGGAUACAUAGGCCUACUUUGUAUUUAUUUAUUUCAUGUAAAUAUAGAACAUGUCA